CGGUGACGUCAGACGCAGCCAUUCUUUCGUCGAAGUGCCAACGGCGCGAUUUUUCAAAAUGGAACCUCGCACCGAGGGCGUUUCUCCCCGGCCCCCUUAGCGGGGAGGGAGAGGCCUGUGGAUCGGCAGCGGGAGCGAGAGGCCACACCGAGUACCUGGCCAUGCAGCCGUGAUAAGGAGGCAACGAACUGAGGCGGGAAGGGCGAACUCCGCCGCCAUGGCGACCUGUAUCGGGGAGAAGAUUGAGGAUUUCAAAGUAGGGAACCUUCUGGGUAAGGGCUCCUUUGCAGGAGUCUACAGAGCGGUAUCCUUGAAAACAGGCCUAGAAGUGGCCAUCAAAAUGAUUGACAAAAAGGCCAUGCACAAAGUUGGAAUGGUGCAGAGGGUUCAAAAUGAAGUGAAGAUACAUUGUCAACUAAAACAUCCCUCCAUACUUGAGCUAUAUAACUACUUUGAAGAUAGUAACUACGUGUACCUGAUAUUAGAGAUGUGUCAUAAUGGAGAAAUGAGCAGAUAUUUAAAAACCAGAAAGAACCGUUUCUCUGAAGAAGAAGUUCGGCAUUUCAUGCAUCAGAUUAUUACAGGAAUGUUAUAUCUCCAUACUCAUGGCAUACUGCAUCGGGAUCUCACACUGUCUAAUCUGUUACUUACCAACAACAUGAACAUCAAGAUUGCUGACUUUGGGCUUGCAACCCAAUUGAAAAUGCCUCAUGAAAAACAUUACACAAUGUGUGGGACUCCUAAUUAUAUUUCUCCUGAAAUAGCCACAAGAAGUGCCCAUGGACUUGAAUCUGAUGUAUGGUCAUUGGGGUGCAUGUUUUAUACACUUCUGACUGGAAAGCCACCUUUCGAUACUGACACAGUAAAGAACACCUUGAACAAAGUAGUGUUGGCAGAUUAUGAAAUGCCAACAUUUUUGUCAGUAGAAGCUCAAGAUCUUAUUCAACAGUUACUUCGCAAAAACCCAGCAGAUCGUUUAAGCCUUUCAUCUGUAUUGGAUCAUCCUUUCAUGUCAAAAUCUAGCUCAGCAAGAAGUAAAGACCUGGGAAAUGUAGAAGAUUCAAUGGACAGUGGAAAUGCCACAAUUUCUACAGUGUCUCCCAGUGUCAGUACAAGUAGCAGCUUUAGGGAAAAGAAAAGACUUUUAAUGGGACAACCACUUCCCAACAAAAUAACCAUUCUUCCCAAAAAUAAAACUGCUAAUGAUGUCUUAUCUGGUUGUGGAAGCAUAUCUCACAAUAGUUGGGGACUUCCAGGAAAAGAAACUGGCAAUAUUGGUAGAGGAAGAACAAUGCAGUCAAUUGAAGAAAGACCACAUUCACGCUACCUCAGAAGGGCACACUCCUCUGAAAGAUCGAGUGCAUCCUGUAGCCAGAAUCAAGGAGAAUCAAGUCAUGUGGAAAGAUCACAUUCCAUGGAAGUCCUCCCAAAGUCUAGGGGAGGGCUAACAGAAAGCAGGAAGGACUUUUCGCCUGCAAAUAGCAAUUGUGAUAUUUCUACUGUAUUUAAAGAAAAGCUUACCACUACUGGCUCUGGCUCAAUGGAAAAGCAACUUUCUCCACCAGUGAAGGAUCAAACUAGUUCAAAUUAUCUUUGCCCAAUGAAGCCCAAUGUUGGUUUAUUAGGACUGAAGCCCCAAACAGAAAUAAUGCAUCAGUGGCUUGGGAAUAUGCAACUCAAUGCUCAGAUGGCAGAACCUUCAUAUAACACAAAUAGGAAUUUUCCAUUCCAUCUUAGUGUGCCUCAAGAGCCAGUGAAAAGUGCAUGGAAUGUCUUGAAAGGCAAAAAUUCUCCUGAUUGCACACAGUCAGUUGUGGGACCACUGGACACAAAGAAAAGCACCUCUGGAUUUCCUGCAUUUGAUCUCCAUCUAGUUCCUGAAAUCACAAAAAAAGGAGGCAAAGAGCCACAAUACAGACACCCAAAAUCUACCCUGCGAAGUACUGUAUCUCCUCUGAGUGCUCAAAGAUUAAAAACAAUCAGGCAAAGAACAAAAAAUGCAGUGGUGAGUAUUCUAGAUACAGGAGAAGUCUGCAUGGAAUUUCUAAAAGAAUAUAAUUCUAAAGAAUUUGUAAAAGAAGUUCUGAGAAUAUCUUGUGAUGGAAGUGAGAUCACAGUUUACCAUCCAAAUGAAGGAAGAGGCAUGCCCCUUCAUGACAGACCACCACCACUUCCUGAAGACUUACAUGUUUAUACAUUUGACAGCCUGCCUGAGAAGUACUGGAAGAAGUAUCAGUAUGCUGCCAAAUUUGUACAGUUAGUAAGAUCCAAAACUCCCAAAGUUACUUUCUAUACGAGGUAUGCCAAGUGCAUGUUGAUGGAAAAUUCUCCUCCUGCUGAUGUGGAAAUUUGUUUUUAUGAUGGAGCAAAAAUUCACAAGACAGCAGGAGUAAUCCGUGUAAUAGAAAAAUCUGGAAAAAUCUAUACAAUAAAAGAAAAUGAAAUGGAAUUAGAGAGAGAAAUUCGGAUAUAUGUUGAUCAUGCCAAUGAGGGACAUCGUAUUUGCCUGGCACUGGAAUCUGCCAUUUUGGCAGAAGAAAGAAGUGAAAAUGUUCCAUUUUUCCCCAUUAUUGUUGGGCGGAAACCAGGAAACCCUGAGUCUCCAAAAGCUUUGGUACCACCUUCUGCUUUAGAAGAUCAAAGUGCGUUCGCGCAUACAGCUGUGGUAAAGAGUGAUAUUGGUGGCAGAUCGGAAUUGGCAAGUGAAGCACCCAGCAAUAGCCCCCCUAUGUUGUCGUAUGAAGGAUCUGCAUUUACAGCAAAUACAGCAGAAUCAAAGGGCUCCUCUGGUCUUCCGAAUGAGCAUGCUGCAAAUUCACCUCAACUGUUGAAGUCUGUCUUUGUAAAGAAUGUUGGCUGGGCUUCACAGCUGACCAGUGGGGCAGUAUGGGUUCAGUUCAAUGAUGGAUCCCAGCUGCUGGCUCAGGCUGGCAUUUCUUCUAUUACAUAUACAUCUCCAGCUGGUGACACUGUCAAGUAUGGAGAAAAUGAAAAAUUGCCAGAAUAUAUUAAAGAGAAGCUACAUUAUUUAUCUUCUAUUUUGGUAAUGUUUACCAAUCCAGUGGGUCCUCACUGACAAACUGUUUGGAUAUGGCUUGGGAAAAAACAACUUCAGGGUAAUAGAGGCAUUGCUGUGAUAUUCAAAGAAGAAGAGGGCUUUCAGUGAACUCAGUCCUUCCUUCCAUGAUGGAGUUGCAGUGUUCAUUUCAGCUUUUAAAAGCAUGAUUAGUCAAGGUAAAAUUGCUUGCAUUUUAUAUAAUGGAUUGCGGUAAAUGUUAGUUCUCCAAUUCUUUCUCAUAAAGGGAGUCUGAACUUGUAUAUAUGUGUGUGUUUUCCCACUAUUACAGCAGUCAUCAAGUGUCUCUCUGAACUGUAUAUGUAAAUACCUUGUAUUUUACUUUCUGCAAACAUGUAAAGUGUACUGUUUUAUAAGUGUUUUAUAUUUUGAAACUUUUUCUAAUGAAAUAUCCCUGCAAAAGCUUUUUAAAAAAAUAAAUGCAGUGGAAUUUG